AUGCUGCGGUUUGCGUCAACGAGCGUACAUCCGUCGGCGAUUGUGUCAGAAGACGCGGUGCUCGCCGAUGAUGUCGUCGUCGGCCCGUAUGCUGUCAUCGAGGGCGCUACGGUGCUGGGGCGUGGCACGUCGGUGGGCGCGCACGCCCUGGUGGCCGAGCACACCACGCUCGGCGCUGGCGUUGCGGUCUUCCCGCACGCAGCAGUCGGCUGCAUCCCACAAGACCGCAAGUUUAACGGCGAAGUGACUGCCACCGUCAUUGACGACGACGCAGUCAUCCGUGAGCAUGCCACCAUCCAUCGCGGGACGGCAGCGUCGGGGACGACGUUUGUUGGCGCAGGCGCGCUGGUCAUGACCUCAGUCCACGUCGCGCACGACUGCCACGUCGGCGCCGGAGCCAUCCUGGCCUCGUCAGCGCAGCUUGCCGGCCAUGUUGUUGUUGGCGAGCGCGCCAUCGUUGGCGGCCUCGCCGCACUCCACCAGUUUGUUCACAUCGGCGCCGGCGCCAUGGUUGGCGGCCUGGCGGCCGUCCGCGGACACGUCCUCCCACACACGCUCGUCAAGGGCAACGACGCUCGGGCGGUCGGGCUCAAUCUCACCGGUCUCCGUCGCGCCGGCUGGACCAACCCCGCCAUCCGCGCCCUCCUCGCGGCGUACGCGUACUUGUCGAGCUCGCGACCGACGCCACCUUUGCCGGCCGCGCCGCGACACUAG